AUGGGCACGUUCCUGGUGCCCGAGCACUCUGAGCUGUGCCUGAGUGUGGCACAGGCUCCCGAGCCGACCUUGGCUCUCCCAUCCCAGGAUCAUCGUCUCUGUGUGCCCGCCGCUGUCUUGCUGCUCUCUGAGAAGAGGAGAAAAUGGUCCUGUGGUUUUGUGUCCUCCACAGGUGGCUUUGCAAUCGUGUUCCUGGUGAGGACGAGCAAUGGGGUGAAGUGUGCCCUGAAGAGGAUGUAUGUCAAUAACGAGUACGACCUGCAGGUCUGCAAGAGGGAGAUCCAGAUCAUGCGGGAUCUGUCUGGCCACAAGAACAUUGUGGGCUACAUCGACUCCAGCAUCAGCUCAGUCAGCAGUGGGGACGUGUGGGAGGUGCUGAUCCUCAUGGACUUCUGCCGGGGUGAGUGGGGCUGGGCACGGGUGGGGUUUGCCCCCUUGAUUCUGUGUCUGUCUGUGAUGCUCCAGGUUGAAAACAUCCUGCUGCAUGACCGUGGCCACUAUGUCCUGUGUGACUUUGGGAGUGCUACCAACAAAUUCCAGAACCCUCAGACAGAGGGGGUGAACGCAGUGGAGGAGGAGAUCAAGAAGUACACGACGUUGUCCUACAGAGCCCCAGAGAUGGUGAACCUGUACAGUGGCAAACUCAUCACUACAAAAGCAGACAUUUGGGCCCUGGGCUGCUUGCUGUACAAGCUGUGCUACUUCACCCUGCCCUUUGGGGAGAGCCAGGUGGCCAUUUGUGACGGCACCUUCACCAUCCCAGACAACUCGAGGCACUCGCAGGACAUGCACUGCCUCAUCCGGUACAUGCUCGAGCCAGACCCUGACAAGAGACCUGACAUUUAUCAGGUCUCCUACUUUGCAUUCAAGCUGGCCAAGAAGGAGUGCCCAGUGCAGAAUGUCCAGAACUCUCCAAUCCCUGCUAAACUCCCAGACCCAGUUAAAGCAAGUGAAGCUGCUGCAAAGAAGAGUCAACCAAAGGCCAGGCUCACAGACCCCAUCCCCACGACAGAAACGUCCAUAGCGCCCCGGCAGAGACCUAAAGCAGGCCAGCCCCAGCCCAACGCUGGCAUUCUGCCCAUCCAGCCAGCCCUGACGCCCAGGAAGAGAGCCACAGCCCAGGCAGCCCUCCAGCCCCAGGGCAAGGCUCCAGAAAAGGCAGGCAGCUCCACAGAGAACCUGCUGCCAGGGUUCCAGCCCGCUGCCCCCACGGAUGCCUUCGGUGGCUCCUCCUUCCCUGCUGGGCCAGCUGAAAAAACGAAAGACAUUCUGAGCUUGGACUCUAGCCCUGCUCUGCUGACUGUGCCUGAUCCUUUCACUCCUCUCCCGUUAUCUGACACCCCAGAAAAACUGAUUGAGGGCCUCAAAUCUCCCGAGCCUGCGCUGCUGCUGCCCGAGCUGCUGCCCCUGGCUGACCCCUUCGGCAGCACGGCAGAGCCUGCCAAUGGCCAAGCUGCCGUGGCUGUGGAGAGCCUGAUCCCGGGGCUGGAGGCGCCCCUGGAGAGGUUAACGCUGUUUGUGUCCUGUGCAAUGCCACCCCGGGAUGCUCGCCUGGAUCCAGACUCUCUCACUGGGGAAGACUCUCUGCUUGACUGUUCUCUGCUCUCUAACCCUGCUGCUGACCUCCUGGAUGAGUUUGCUCCUGUAGCUUUCUCAGCUCAGCCUCACAAAGAAGAUACUAACCUGAUAUCAGGCUUUGAUGCUCCUGAGGGCUCUGAAAAAGUGACAGAAGAUGAGUUUGACCCAAUUCCAGUGUUGAUAUCCAAAAAUUCACAAGGUGGGCAUUCUAGAAACAACAGUGGAAGCUCUGAGUCCAGUCUUCCCAACAUAGCCAGGUCUCUGCUGCUGGUGGAUCAGCUCAUAGACCUGUAGCAGUGACACAGUAGCAGUUUGUGUACCUACCCACACCUCCGGUUUCCUUGCCAGAAGAGUUUCCUUCCUUGUGCUUCUUUGGGGCUUUUUUUUGUUUUUUUCUUUUCUUUUUUCUCCUUUAAUUAAGAGAAAAACCUGCCAACAGGAGACAGUCCCCCAGCUCUCUGGCUGUCCCCCGUGGCCUGGGGAGGGUUUGGCUCAGCUCUGCAGUAGCCUGGUGUGUGUCAGGCUGGGUUCCCCCGGCCCUGCUCAGGGGGCUGGGGCUGCUCUGGGACCCUGCCCCAGCCUGCUGUCCCCGGGCAGGGCGUGAGCAGUGCAGCCCCAGCUGGGCUUUGUGCUUUGGGCUUUGUGCUCUCUGUUCCCCAGGCUGGGCAGGGCCGGGGGACAGCGGCAGGGACACCCCUGAGCUGCAGGACACGGGCCAGCAGAGCUGGGGCUCUGAAUUGCUGCAGAGCAGGGGCAGCCCCGGGUUCCUCCCGGCCGUACCCUGGGCAUGGCGCACAUGAAGAGUUUUCCAGCUGCCCCCAGCUCUUGGUUUGCUGUUUGACAAUCCUGCUGGGAACUAACUGCUCUUCCUGGGGGAGGGAAAACAGAGAAAAGGAAAAAGAAAAAAACCAGAUUGUUAAAGCUGCAGAAAUGACCCUAAGUGAAGCGUGACAAGGUUUUGAACCAAAUCCAUGUGAGUAUGGCUGUGACCAGUGUUUCACUGACCUUUUUUGGGGUGAAAAGGGCGCUGUGGCAGCAGCAGAUGUAUUUUCUGUGACUUCUUUUCUGUGUUUGACUGGAAAAAAAGAAACUCCCCUCAACCUACUGUAAAUGGUGUAUGAAACAAAUUGUCCUCCGGCUGUUUGUCUAUUUUUAAUCCUGGUUUUAGUCGAGCAUCUGGUAUCUGUUCUGGGUUCUCCAUUUUCUCUUGUAACUGCUAUAGUGCACCCCAGUUCAGUAUGGAGCCAUUGUUUCAGUAGACAAAGAUUCCUGUGGGCCUCUCUCCACCCCAGUCUCUGUGACCACGCAUGCCCUGGGUUCAGGUGGUUUGAAAUCAGUGCUGCUACAACUCGAUGGGUUCUCCCUUUUCCUCGCCCCUCGCUUGGUUUGUCCGUAGCUGGAUCCGCUCAGCUCGUUCUCCUUGGCUUCCCACCGAGUCUGGAAUCUCUCUCUCGUGUUUGAAAGCCCUCUCUGAGCAGAAGGACUCUUCCUCUGUAGUGGAACCCCCCAGCUUCCUGCUCCCCGUGUUUGUGUUUGUAGCUGUAUUAGUGGCGGUGCAGUUCCCCCGUGCGAAAGUGCGAGCGACUGAAUGUGUCUGUGCUGACCUCGCUGGGAAGGGAAGAACCCCACGUUUGUGACUCCUCCUCUCCUCUCCUCUCCUCUCUCCAUCUCCUCCCAGCCCCACACUUAGUUUAACAAAUUCUGUACAUAGAGCUCCCAUCGGUUGUGUCUCUACAUUACUCUUCUUUUAAAACCUACACUUACUAAUAAAAGUAUUGCUUACGUGUGUUGUAUCAUUACAUGUGUAUACUGCACUUUCCAAGAGAAGCUUUACAUGAGAACUAUGGAAAUGACCUUAGUAAAAUUGUGGAUAGAACUUUAUUAUUUUUUUGUUUUAUAUUCCUAAAGCACAGGCGAGCUGGACUGGAAAACACGAAGAUGCUAUAGAUAGAAAGUUAUUGUAUAGUCAGAUACUGAGAUUAUAUGAAAAGAGAAUGGAUUUUAAAAAGUAACCAUCUACUGUAUAUUAGAAACAAAGAUUUCUGUGAAUUAAAGUACUUUUAAAGAAUGUUUAAGAUUUUAAAUCUAAUGGCGCUUGUUCAAGGGUUCUGGAAAAAAUGACAAAUGCACUGGGUUGUUAAUAAUGCUAUUAAAUAAGCAGAUGUGAAUGUUUA